GAGAGAGAGAGAGAGAGAGAGAGAGAAAAUAUCUUCCAUAGGGGUUCCUAUUACUACUACCACUACGAUCAAAAAGAGAAAUGCGACGGUGAGUCCAAAAGAUCAUGCACACAGUCCUCGAAAAGUCGUAUAAACACGCGCGCGAGCGCACACACUCUCUCUCUACUCUCUCUAGUUUCAUCGCAAGUCCCUCCUCCCAUUAAUUUCCUUUCUCUGUCUCUAUCUUCCAUUCUUUGGCUUCUCACACUCUCUCUUUCUCUACCUUAUCCAUUCUGUCAUCGUUUUUGUUUUUUUCUUUUAUUCUCCGUAUAAUAUAACGUCAAAAUUUCUUCUGGGUUUUUCUUCAUUCCGCGAAAAGAUUCAGUGUCACCUGCUGUUUCGAAAACAGUUUACGGACGCCCAAUUGGGCAGCUAGAGAUGGGUAUAUACCUAAGUUCUCCCAAAACUGAGAAGUUCUCUGAAGAUGGUGAAAAUUAUAAGCUUACAUAUGGUUUAUCAUCCAUGCAAGGAUGGCGUGCUGCAAUGGAAGAUGCUCAUGCCGCAUAUCCUGAUUUGGACACUUCCACUUCAUUCUUUGGUGUUUAUGAUGGCCAUGGAGAUUAUUAAUUGCUUGAACUGUGCCAAAUUCCUAGCUGUGCAUAUAAUGGACUUCAGAUUCAGACAUACAAGUAAGGUUGUUGCUAAGUUCUGUGCCAAGUUUCUUCAUCAGCAAGUGCUCAAGAAUGAAGCAUAUUCCACUGGAGAUUUAGGAACCUCAGUUCAGAAAGCCUUUUUCAGGAUGGAUGAAAUGAUGCGUGGACAAAGAGGGUGGAGAGAGUUAUCUGUUUUGGGAGAUAAAAUAAACAAGUUAACUGGUAUGAUAGAGGGUUUGAUAUGGUCUCCAAGGAGCGGUGAGGGGAAUGAUCUAGCUGAUGACUGGGCUUUUGAGGAGGGGCCUCACUCUGAUUUCUCUGGACCAACUUCUGGGUGUACAGCCUGUGUCGCAAUUAUUAGAAACAAUCAACUUCUUGUUGCAAAUGCUGGUGAUUCUCGUUGUGUAAUAUCUAGGAAUGGUCAGGCAUACAAUCUUUCUAGAGACCACAAACCUGACCUUGAGGUUGAGCGAGAAAGGAUCUUAAAAGCUGGUGGUUUUAUUCAUGCAGGACGAGUCAAUGGAAGUUUGAAUCUUGCAAGAGCUAUAGGAGACAUGGAAUUUAAGCAGAAUAAGUUUUUGCCUGCUGAAAAACAAAUCGUGACUGCCAAUCCAGAUAUAAAUACUGUUGAGCUUUGUGAUGAUGAUGAUUUUAUGGUGCUGGCAUGUGAUGGAAUCUGGGACUGCAUGUCAAGUCAACAACUAGUAGAUUUUAUACAUGAACAGUUAAAAUUGGAAAGCAAGCUUUCUGUUGUGUGUGAAAGGGUACUUGACAGGUGUUUGGCACCUUCUACAGCCGGUGGUGAGGGAUGUGACAACAUGACCAUGAUCUUGGUGCAGUUCAAGAAACCCAUCCAGUCUGUUGAAUCUGCAGAGGAGAAGCCAUCAGUUUCUAAGCAAGCUGACACUGAAUCAAAAACAGAAGAGAGUGAAUCACUAGCUUCUGGACAAGCUGACAUUGAAACGAAGUUGAACGAGAGUGAAUGAAGCUAGUGUCUGCUGUGAUUCUUGUCAGAUCCUGUUGUCUGGAAUUAUGGUUAGAACAAGAUUGAAGGAUCCCCAUUCUCUUACUUGAAGAAUUCAGAUUCUUAGGUUUUUCGGUAACUAUACACGGUUUAACUGAAAAGAGGAAUCAAAUACUAAAAGGAUCUGCUUUUCAUGCUUAUUUUGUGCAGUUUUACUGUAAUACAGUAUCACUAUUGGAAUAACAUGUACAGAUUAUUUUCGUUCAGGGUUUUCUAUAUAUAUAUAUAUAUGUUUGCUCUAAA